AUGAAAACCGAUAAAAUUAAGAUCGCAACAUUGAACGUUGAAGGAUUCAACGGAUUAUCGAACUUUGAAGGAUUUGACGGAUCAUCGAACUUUGAAGGAUUCGACGAAUCAUUGAGCGUUGAAGAAUUCUUCGAAGUCGACGAAUCCGACGAAUCAUUGAGCUAUGUAGAUUUAGCUGAACGACAUAGAGAUCACAUCAAAAAGUAUCUUUGGAAAUAUGAAUCUUUCUGGUCAUCAAAUACGGCAAUUCUAGCCGGAAAUGAAAAUGUCCAUUUUAAAGAUAUAGAAGAAAUUGAAAACGGAAUAAGUGUCAGCGUCAUAUACUAUGACAUGAAGUUCCGAAUAACAAAUAUAUACAUUCCACCUAUUAAUGAAUUGGAUCUUUUUAAUCUUUUUAAUAAUUGGAUCCCUUACAGAUUAGAAAAUACGAUAAAUGUAAUAGUCUGCGAGUCCGAAAUAAACUUGGGCACGAUCUAUGGAGAAGAACUACUGUCAGGUUUUAAAAACGUUGUGGACAUAUUGGGAAAACAGUUUAUUCAAAGAGAGCAAAAAAAUUACUUGUCUGACUGUGUAUUUAUUGAUGAUGAUUAUACGAACUUCUGCAAAAAGGUAGAAAUUUAUUUCGACGAAUUCAGCAGACCGUUGGUGGUGUGCUCUCUUGAAUCAUACACCUGGAAGUUGAAUAAACUAUUGCUUGAAGAUCCCAAGGUUCUUAGAAACUUUCCCGAAGAAAUAACAAGUGUAAAUACAGUUUUUGAAUGGGAUCAUCUUAAAAAUCAUUUUCAAUCAGUAUUUCGCUCAUAUAAACUAGAUAAAACUCUUGUAGAAUUAAAUAAAAGAUCAACAGCUUUUGACCCAAACAUUUCAGAUAUCAAUAACGAUCUUUCUCACUUAGAUCAAAAAGUCCAAGAAAAUCUAAUUAAAGGAGGAUGGGCAGAAAAAAGUGAAAGAGCAACUUUAAAGGUCCGAGAUCCAUCGGCACCCAACUCAACCGACCCUAAAGAAAUUUUAACAUACAUAAAAACUUACUAUAAAGAUCUUUUUAAAGAAGACCCAAUUGACUUCGAUAUUGCAACCGAAAUAACUGAUUGUUUACCCCGUGUAACUGAAGAACAAAACAAUUCAUUGAUAGAGGAAAUUACCUAUGAUGGUACAAAUAAAUAUUUGGGUUUCAACAUCGAUUGCAAGGGGCGAUUCGAAAAGGGCUUUUGGGAUAAAAUGGCUGAAGAUAUUAAAAAGACCAUGCGAGAAAUAGACAAAGUAUAUGAUGAACAAUCUUCUGAAGAUAAAAUGUGUAUUAUACGUAUUGCAAAGUCACGUCUUUUAUCUAAGAUUUGGUAUACUGCCUAUCUCCUACCUCUUACCGAUAGGCAAAUUACUGAAUUAAGUAAUUUAAUAAUGAAUUGGAUCAAGAAUAAACUCCCUCCCGAAUCAAAUGACAUUGAACUCCCGAGACUCAAAGAUAUGCUGGAUGCUAGAUUAGGAAGGAUCUGGUUAAAGUUACUAACCAGUAAUGACUUGUGGGCAAAUAUAGAAAGGGAAUUGAUCGAUAAAAAAUUAGAAGAACUUGGAAUUUCUGUAAAUGAAGCUUUGCAAUAUCCAGCUGAAUUUAAAUUAUGGCCUUCAGAGUGGAUGCCAUAUUUUAAAGCAUGGGAAAGGCUAAACGGAAUAGUUCUUUCCACAGAUCCCUGGCCAUGGAAUCUAGAUUCAAUAGAGGUUGCAGACCUCAAUGCAGAAAAUUAUUCAUUAAUGGCUGCAAUAAAAUAUUUAGGAAAUUACGAUGAU